GCACAAUUCUCAGUCGCGGCCGUACAAGCUCCUCUUCUGGUAGCUGAACCUUGGACUUUAACGAAAGCAUUUCUUUGGCAGUAUGAACAGCUGCUUUAUGUCUUACUGUCAGUGCGAUCGCCAUUUGGCGUCGGUUCCAUGCGCCUACAGGUCCCAAAGGAAAUGAAAACCUAGGCUCUACUGCAAUUUGCAGGUUCCACUCGGAUUUACAGCCCUACCCGCGCCACGCCCGCUGCUGGUACACAAUAGCCAACCCUGUAGACCCCGUGACAGAAAGCCACGACCCUCGCCCAAGUCGAGUUUAUUGAUUGGCGCCCUGAAGUCUCUGGGCCCAGAAUGCCCGGCCUCUAGAAAAGAAAUGUCCUUUGGGCUAUUGGCGUGUAGUUGGGAGGGAGCCGCCAGCCAUCCUACGCCUAACAAGGUGACAACACAGAAAGCCCCAUGCUCCAUCAUGGCCUCGAGAAAACACAGUGUUCUAGUUUCUUUUCCUUUUCUUGUCCUAGAUGCAUCCUCACCGCAGUCAAGACGUUCCUUCCUCAAAGCUACGAUGCCUCGACGACUGCGCUCAUGGUUCCAGACGCAUUUCAAGCGACACGGAAAUGCGGAGGAUAGGGAAGGUUCUAAGGACCAAGAGCAGUCUCGCCCUGCACCUCUGCUCGAGUUGCCGACGUCUACACAGCACAUCCCCGCCACUCCCUCUACGUCCUCCCUCCCCCUCACGGCCGCUCUGGCUACCGGUUCUACCGACGUAGAGACGUCCGCCUCACGGCUUCGAGUCGCUCCGGCUACCGGUUCCAUCAACAUAAAGACGUCCACCCCACGACCCCCAGCCGCUCCAGCUACCAGUUGCACCGACGUAGAGACGUCCGCCUCACGGUUCUCAGCCGCUCCGGCUACUGGUUCCGUCGACAUAGAGACGUCCGCUGGUACGGAUGACACCACUACCAGCUUACCUGUACGACUCUGGGAGUGUGCCUAUAAUGAGCUUAAACAAGAAGAGGUCAAAUUGGUGGACGCAUAUGAGAAGAUACUGUCCCGACAGCUACAGGAUAGCCCCGGCUCAACGGUGCCCGAGUCCCAGUCGAACACCAUCGCCCAAAACACCUUGGACAGGCGCCGCCAAAUGACCCAGCUUAUCAAUGCUGGCCUAGCCAAGACUGAGAGGGAGGUCAAGGUGAAAGAGAGCCUUGGCGUGGCCGUAGAUGUCGUUCUAUCUGCAAAGAACACUAUAAGUGCGGCAAUCCAGGCCGUGCCCCAAGCCGCGCUCGCUUGGACCGGCAUUUGUAUCGCUUUAGAG